CUCCCGAAACCUGUAUCGCGGUUUCUGGGUUAUCGGUCGGAGGAGUACAAAGAACCCCCACGCUUGGUUGUCGUUUUCUGGUCUUUUCUGGGAUCUCUGCUCGGCCUUCUGAUCAUAGGCGCUCUCUACAAAUACGCUCCCGGAAUUCGAAAAUGGCACCCUCCGAUUAUGAUCGCGAGUUUGCCGAGGAACGCAAUAUUGGGACAGACCUUCUCGGCCUUGACAGGAGUCAUCAUCCAUAAACUGUUCCACCUGAACCCAGAUUGGGAGAACCUCCAGUGGGUUGCAGGUGCAGUCGCUUGUGCCAUGUCCUCUGCCAUCAUGGCCACGACAAACACCGUGCAUCCUCCAGGAGGCGCCACUGCAGUCUUGGCUACAACCAACGCUGAGAUCAUCGCUAUGGGCUGGAUUUACAUCCCUUUCGUUCUCAUGAGCUCAGUCAUCAUGUUGACCCUCGCCUGCAUACUCAACAACAUUCAACGAGCAUACCCAGUGUACUGGUGGACACCGGCCGAUCUAAGGAGAGAACAGAAGGUUGAAGACCUUGAGAAGGUAUCGUCCAACAACAGCGAGAAGACGCUCGCCGAUGAGGUUCUCUCAGGCCAGUCAGAGUCCAGGUCUUCGAACGUAGACCCGGAUUCUGUUGUUAUAUCACCACAUCAUCUCUAUAUACCUGACAGUUUUGACUUGGAUGGGGACGAGCUGGCUGUACUAUCACGACUACAAGCCCGUCUCCGAUGGGACGUCGCUAUGGAUGAAAGACCUCGAGCAAACUCAAAUGGCAACAGC